AUUUACUCUUUGAAAGGGUAAUUGAUAAUAGUAAUAGUAGUAUUAGUAUUACGAUUUACGAGGUGCAUUUACAAAUAAUAAUAAUAAUAAUAAUAUAAUGAAUUUAUUACGAAGAGACUAUGGUGAUGUCAACCAACAAUAUACUACUAAUUUACCCUCCGAAAGUACCGAAUAUAUGAAAAUACACUUCUCAAUAAUUAUUUCAGUAUUUGUUUUUAUAACUAUAAUAGGAGCAAUAUUAUACAUGUAUCGUAGAAAAUUAAAAAAAAUAAAAUCACUUACAAAAAAUCUUAAUCACUCUACAAGCAUCUCUCACCCAACAAAUACUGAUGAAGGAAUAUUUUCAUUAGAUUAUUAUACAAAUAAUUAUGCUAGUAGUUAUAGUGAUAAUAAGUCCUCUAUUUAUCCUUCGGAUGCUAGUAGUUAUGAUGAUAAUAAGUCUUCCGUUUAUCCUUCGGAUAAAAUAAUAAUUUCUCAACUUGAUCCUGUACAUGAAAAUGAAAAAGAAAAUGAAAAUGAAAAUGAACCUGAACUUAAAUCUUCCGAAUCUCCUGUUUCAACUAUAUCAAAGGGAAAUAGAAAUUAUUUUGUAUAUGCUAAAAGUGGUAAAGUUAAAAACGAUAUUAACUCUUUGAUUCUAUCUGAAAAAAAUAAUAAAAAAUCAAAUAAUUUUAGUAGUAGUAUUAGACGAAGUAAAAAAAAAUCUAAAGUUAACUUUAGUCAAAUAUUAUCAUCAAUAAUUUCCCCUUCCGAUACUAUUUAUGACGAUGAAAAAGCUGAUAUUUUGGCUAAUACCACUACAAGUCCUGUUUCCUCUCUUCCAUCAAAUAAAUGUAUACAACCAAAGGAAAUUCUACAUGGUUCUCAAAUGACGGAAAUUCAUUUAAUUCGUCAAUAUUCUGAUGCCUCCGAUGCUACUAUUACUACUGUUACUUCCGACGCUACCGACUUUUCCGAUGCUACUAUUACUAUUGAUGAUAAUCCUAUAUUAGAAAUGAUCAAAGAAGGUGACUUGGAAAUGACUAAAGAAGGUUAUUUGGAGAUGACUAAAGAGGGUGAUUUGGAAAUGAUCAAAGGGGUUGAUCUUAAUAAUAAGAUAAUAAUUACUGAAACGAAAGAAGUGGUUCUUGAUAUGUUACCAGUUAACGAAAAUGAUAAUGAUUCAAAUCUCAAAUAUUCUCAUUCGAGAGAGUCUGAUAUUGUUAACAAAUAUUUUUAUAUGGCUUCAUAA